GUGGAAGCGAAAGCGGCCUGAACGUCUAUGUCAAGGCCCUAAAGCUGGCACCUGCCUGUGUGGAUCUCUGGGUGCACUACUGCCAAGCUGCCGUAUCGGCUGAUGGAGCGGAGGAUGGCCUACGCGAGCUCUUCGAGAAAGCCGUGGAGACAGUCGGCAGCGACUGGAGAGCCUUUCCCCUGUGGGAUCUCUACAUGAACUUUGAGGAGAAGAACAGGCGCUGGAAACGCCUUGGAUCCGUCCUCCGCCGCGCUAUGGUCGUUCCAAUGGAAGGAUUGCCAGCCGUGCGCAUCCGGCUGCGCGCGCUGGUGCUGGGUGAUGCCGCGCCACCCUUGGAGGAGUUGUGUUGCGAUGAUGCCGAGAGCAAUCAGCUGGAUGUGGAGAGCAAUCGAACGCAAAGCUACGACCCGCAGGUCCGCCAGGUCAUGACCGUGUCACUGGCGGAGCACGUGGCCGUUUCGCUUGCGCCGGUGGCACCGGUGGCUCCGGUCGCGGUGGAGUCUGAGGAGGAGUUGGAG